UGCAAGAACCGAUCGUUCGAACUCACUGACUGGUGUCGAUUCAUUCAUCGUCUAUCCACAGGAGCAAUUUGUGCAUCCGCUUGUCUGGAUUGCCACCUGCAACAUCCCUCCUGCCCUGCUGCGCAUCCACCAUCAGGGUGCUGCGGUUGCUGGCCACCAUGCACUGACGCAGGCGGCCCGGCCCGCCCUCUCGCAUCAAGUCGAGCCACAUGAUGUGCAUCAGUGGCGGCAGCACCAGCGCAUCUGUGGCAGCGUAGGCAUACAUUGGGAGGGGCAGCGGACGCACACGCCAGUCGGAACACUGAUACGCUGUACCAUGGCAGCACACACACAGCAAACACGAAAUGACACAUAUCCAUGCGUGUCGCGAGCAUAGUGUGUUGUGCACGUCAUACACACCCUUUGACAGAUUGAGGCCGUAGUAAUGCUGGAUGAGGUCCUUCAGGCCCUCGAUGCCCUGCCGCGUGAGUUCCAGUGUGACAGCGGCUGCGUGUGUGUCGAAUAGGUUGACCAGCGACAGUUCAAAGUCGCAUUGCAGCCAACGAAGAUCGUUGUGGGAGCUGUGCAGCACCUUCACCACCUGACAACACACAAUUGUGCAUAUUCUCCGACAUACGCAUACACAUGCAUAGCUUCUCUUUCGGACGUACGUUUGGAUCGCUGAAUACGCCCUGCAGGGCGUCGUGUAUAUGCUCUCUCAGGGCGACGGCAUCGAUGACGAGUCCCCUGCCGUCAGCAGUGGCCAGCUGCACGAGGCACACGAACCCCACACCAGGCCGCACCUCAUGAUACUCCACAUCCACACCCAGCACACGGACUCCCGCCACCAGACGACCAACCUCCAGAAACAGCGAUUCUUCCUCAUCCACGAAGACCACCUGCCCCUCGGUGAAGCGGCCGGCGAUGCACGCCCGCACCAAGGGCAGCAUGGCAUCUCGCUGCUGAUACAUGAUGCGCCGAAUUGACGCAUCACAGUGGUCGGCGGGGAGGAUCGACAUGAGGGAAGGGACGGCGUACGCCGAUGGGACGUUGGAACGUCCGGCAAUAGCAGACGGCGCCGGCUCAUCAUCGAGCAGAGAAUGGACCACCGAUGAACAGGGAUUCGGCCGCGGACCUGAAACAACACGAACCGAUGAUACUGCACUGCAUGAAUGUCGGUGCCUGUGGGCUAGAUGCAGCGCCGACCUGCUGGUGCAGCCUGUAUCCUAAAUCGGAUGCGUGGGAUGCGGAAUGGACAGACAGAUGGGUCAUUACCAUGGGAGAGGGCGAGGAAGCAGUCAGAGUGGCCGUUGACAAGUGCCAUAUCCCGGGCGGAACACAUGACAGCCGCCGAGGGGGUGCCCUUGGCGAGGAUGGUGUGGAUGAUUUCCAUGCUGCCACUCAUGGCCGCGCCCUCCUGUUUAAACACUCAUUCACAAAAGACACACACACACACACAGACACAGUGACGGGCGUACACGGAUGAUAGAUUGCUCACCAGCGGCGAAAGGAAGCGCCAGCCCCUCUCCUGCGCCACGAUCAGAGGGUCCCCCCCUGCAUCCAAUAGCCGCUUGAACACAUCCACAGAGCCGCUGAGGGCCGCACACGUCAUCACACUCCACUGAAAGGGCCCAUCAGCGUCAACCAAAGACAAACCAGAGGUACCCCCAAAGCUGCUGUCGACAGCCCGAUUCAGCAACGACGAAACUGCAUGGAAGAGUCCAUAUGGGCCCCAUUCAUGCAUGCGCAAGUGACCCCCCCGCGUCGUCUCCUUCCCACCCACCAUGUUCUCGUGUGGAAGAGAAGCGCCUCUCCAAACAGUAAAGAAUAGCAUUCACGACCUCCCCCCAGCCAUGGACACAUGCUGCCGCCAGCCCGCCCCACAGACCGUCACAAUCUCCACCCGACAGUAUGGCUUCCGUCAGCCUGACGAGGUGGUCCUUCAGCCGUGUGGCCGGCACGAGAGCCUCUGCCAGCGUCUCUUGCCACUGUUUCGGUUUGCGGUUGUGUGGAUGGGGAUGCGGCCGCGGCGGGGCGAGGAGGGGACCGCACGACUCCACCAUCCACUGGAAGAGCCUACAGAUACAGCCAGAGGGAUGGCAGCGACUGAUAGUGAAGAUGGUUGUCGUGUGACUCUUGCGCAGGCAUCUGACCCGGACUUACUUACCGCGGAGUGACGGUUGCGCCGGCCUCGAUGAGCAGCUCCUGGCAGUUGAGCAUUGCAGUGCAGACACGGCCGGGCGCAGGGGCGGGCAGAUGGAUAAGAGACCCAUCGGGUUGCUCAUUAGAUCGCUGCUCGCCAUCUGACGCAAAGGGCGGCCACGAAAGAUGCACCGACCGAUCACCACACAGCUGAGCCACACAAUCGACAGAGAGUAAGGCACGUCACGUCCAUCAGAGAGACGAAAAGAUGCACGUAUCCCCUACCCCGUUGGUGCAGAGAGCAGUAUGUUCCAUUGCUGACGCGUCAGCCGCCACCCCACGCUGCAUCAGGCACCUCAGACACUCCACUUGGCCUUCACGACACGCAAGCGACACCAGCGAACGCCACGGAACCGACACGUGUGGUUCCUUAUCCGCACGGGCAAGUAGGGCGUCCAGUGUGUCUCGGCUGCCGCCCUUGACGGCGUAGUCGAAUGCCGUCCGAUUGAAGCCAUCGUGGCAUGCCAGGGACGCGCCUGAUGAGAGGAGAAUCUGAUCGAAAAGGACACACAGAAACAAACGGUGUCGCGUCAAAGUGGCGUCGUGACAUCCAUGUGUUUGUCUGACCUCCGUGCAUUGCGCAUAGCCCCGAAAGGCGGCGCACAUCAGCGGAGUGAAGUUGUUCCGCUGGCUGCGGGCCUCCAGAGAUGCACCUGCCACACCUCAGGCACGACACGACUGUCCAUUCACGGCACCCUCUCCAAUGGCUGUCUCACGCACCGUGUUUGAUAAGGAUCUCCAGGCACCUGACAGCGUUGGUCGAUGCUGCUACGUGCAUGGGGGUGGCGCCAUCAGUGUCGUGCACACUCAGACACGCGCGGCCCUUCUCUGUCUUGAGUAGGAUCUCAGUGCAGAGGGGACUGUCGGCCGCCGGCCUGCCGCCCACCACUUUGUGGCCUCUCCUGCCGCCCCUCUCGCCCCACACCGCCGUGUGCAGGGGCGUUCUCCCUUUGUGGUCGACACUCGUCACAUCUCCACCAUGAGCUAUCAACAAGCUGCAACAUAACAGCAAAUAGGCCGCCCCUUCCUCGCUUGAUCGUUCUGCGUGUGUGUGCCUACUCGAGAAUAUCCGGCAGGUCUGCCCAUCCUGCUUUGCUAAGGGGCGUGCGGCCAAGAGACGACCUCACAUUGACCUGCACACCAUGCUCAAGCAGCCAUCUGGAUGACCCAUACUGGCCCGCACACGACGCCCAGUAGAGCUGCAAGCCACACACAUGCAAACGUGCACAAACAAAAUGGUUGGGAGAAGGCGUGCAUGUAUGUCGCUCACCGGUGUGCGCCCCUGGUGGUCGGAUGCAUCCAGUGGGGCGCCCAGCCCAUGCAGAUACUCCAGGCACGACUUACAGCCAGCAAAAGCCGAAUAGAAGAGCGGUGUCAUCUUUUCAUCGUCCUCAAGGGCGACCAUUCCCUCUCCGCCCAGAUCCACCAGCACCUUCAUCAUCCUCACCCCACGACAGUCGCCACCGGCCGGUGGGAAUGCCUCAUUCUCUGGUUGGUCGCGCAGCGUGGACUGCAAAUGCUGCCCAGCCCUCCCCAUGUCGCCUAUGGAUGCUGAUGGAGGGCCGAGAUAGCCCUCCUUGUCGAUGCCCGCCAUGCUCUUCAUCCUGCACAGACAUGUAAAGAAUACAAUUGCCAGGUGUGUGCGUGGCUCGUCUGUUCUUGCCCGCUGCCCCGGCUGUUUUACCGUGUUUCCUUCGGUUCGCAUAGUGAUGCCGCCAGGUGCAUGAGUGACAGCCUGGUGGGCGUCUCCUCAUCGCGCACGGUCACCCACUCAUCACCUCCCCACCCACAUAUGAGCUCCCGCACCUUGUCACAGUCACCCCGCCGCACCGCCCUCAACACAUCGGCAUACUGGCCAUUCCUUCGCAUCUCCUGUGCCCGCAUCUGCCGCUGCAGCGACUUCGCGAGAGGUGGUGGGUUGGGAUUGACUAGACUGGGGCGUGGCAAGGGGACAGGGGUGCACUGGGCCAGGGGAGUGGGCGGCGAUGCCUCGGUCAGCCGAAGUGUGGCCGGUGGGAUGGCUUGGGUGUGCCACUGGUUGGCGAGGGUGAAGAAUGGCUGUCUGGUGAUGGUCUGAUACCAGUCGAGCAGCGGCCGGGGCGGCCGACGGGAGCGCUGCAGACAGGCGAUCGUGAAGCACUGUUUGAUUUGCCAUGCCGCCGUGUGUCGCCUGCUCCCUCACCGUGAGCCUGCACCAGUGAGCGCUGGUCAUCAAAGCACUGCAUCAUGGCACACACAGACAGACACACUGAUGGAACCAGCCCUCCAUGCCCCUCCAGCCCUUUUUGCGUACCCUGCCACGAAUAUAUCCCCCACCAAAGGAGGGCAACCGCUCUUUCCACCAAGUGCAGCAUACUCUCGGUCAGCAAGAUGCCUGUUUGCCUCGCGAAUGAAGCUCCCCUGCCCAUCUGAAUCAUCCUCCCGCUCCCUGGAAGCCACACUCAGCUGGACAAAUGCGUCUGAGAAGCCGUCUUGGCCACAUGAUUGAGGAGGAUGAAGACUCUCGAGCUGCGUCACAAUCUCCGUGACACCAACUUGUGGCGGUGACUUGUCAACGACAAGAACGGCCGUGUAGGGAUCCAAGGCUGCGUCGAUGCUCACGGGAAGCGAUAAUUGACCCGAGUCGGCGGCUCGUGAGCAGAUCCACAGCGCGACUUCGAAUGGCGGCGUGGGCGCCAGAUGCAAGAGAGAGGACGGCGACUCGGCAGGUCGGUGCGUCAUCUCC